AUGUCGCGGGGAUCCGCCGCGUCGUGGGGCGCUCGCGUGGCGGCGGGGUGCGACGAGGACUGCGACAGUGACGACGAUGACUGCUGGGAUAUCGGCGUCCCGGGGGAUGAGUCGCAGUUGGAUCAAAUGUUGGAGUUAGACAAGAAGGAUGCAUUCAAGAAAGCUCUGGUUCAUGGUGAUGUGUCCUUGAUUGAAGAACUCUUAAACUCAGGUAUAAGCAUAGAAUCUAGCUUUCAGUUUGGAUGGACUCCCCUGAUGUGUGCUGCCAGCACAGCUGAUUUUGCAGUGGUACGUCUUCUUCUGGACAGAGGUGCCAAUGCAUGCUUUGAAAUAGAUAAGUACACAGUGCUGAUGGCAGCGUGUGCUGCUCAUGCUUCAGAGGAAAACAUCUUGAAGACUGUAGAACUACUACUGUCAAGGAAUGUCGACCCUAAUCUUACUUGCAGGAGACAAAUGACUCCAUUGAUGUAUGCAGCUAGAAAAGGCUAUUCUCGUGUUGUUGGUCUUCUUGUUGCUCAUGGAUCACACAUAAAUGCCCAAGAUGAAAAUGGAUAUUCAGCAUUAAUAUGGGCAGCACACCACGGACAUAAAAAUGUCAUUUUUAAGUUGUUGGAGCUUGGAGCUGACAAAAACCUACAGACUAAGGAUGAGAAGACAGCAGCAGAGCUAGCAAAAAUCAAUAAACAUUCAGAGAUUUAUAGUUUACUCUCUUUGGCUGUAAAUCACUCGCAAGGGAAAUACCAUGAAGCGAUUAAGCAAGAGGCUAUCUACAAAUUUCUGACAGCUGUCCCUGACCACAGAGUUGGUUACUAUUCAACUUUUGAUGACAUGGAAGUAUUUUUACAUGGUCUUGGUCUAGAACACCUAAUAGGGUUAUUGAAGGAAAGAGAUGUAUAUUUAAGGCAACUUCUGAUCAUGCAAAAAGAAGAGUUAAUACAGAUUGGCGUUACAAAUCCUGUAGAUCAACAGAGACUCCUAGAUGCUAUUAAUGAGCUACAAGUGGAAGAAAUAAGAAUUGGAGAUCUCCCUGAAGUAGUGAAGAUGGAAUUCAGUGGAGACGAAUGCCUCAAGUUCCUUCAGAAGUUGAAUAAAGAGUGUAGCAAGCUGACUGUUCCUGUGCAGACCAUAAAUAAUCAUUUUCUCAAAAAUUCUCACAAGAUAGUACUGCAGUGGGCGCCAACUGAAAGGUAUAUUGAAGUCUGCAGAGACAUGGUUUACAAUGUUGAAAGGUUGGGAGAAGAAGUUGCCAGACUGAAGGACCUCGUGGAGAAGCAUGAACAGAAGAAUGACCCCAGUCGAGUGGUAUUCCCAGAAAAAGCACCCACCUUGGAAAAAAGAUUAGUAAAAAUGGGAGCAUUAACAUUGUUCGGGUUUGGUUUUUUCUUCUUUAUAACUAAGUUAAUGGCAAAGAAAGGCUGA